AUGUGUAAUCGAUGUUUACUGGUCAUAUCAACCUCAAUGAAAAGAGUUCAUAAAAAAGGACAUUGUCGCUAUUGUGGUGAAUCUGGUCACACAAAAAGGAACUGUCAUAAGAGGGCCGUUGAUGAAGAAUCAGCUGCUGUGGCGGCGGCUGCUGCUGCUGCUAAUUCUGAUGCUAAUGGAGGUGAGGUCAACAAUUCUGCUCCAACUGCUGCUGUAAAUGGUGGUGAUGCCCCAGCUGUGUCACAGGAUCAGGUUGAGAUUCAGCUUGAUCUUAGUCAGCCUAUUAUGUCAGAAACUGAUGACUCGCAACAGGUGCAACAACCUCCUGUUCGGACAUCGAAACUGCCUCCUAAGAGAAAGUUAUCCACACCCAGUGCUACCACCCAACCAUCCAGCACCCCAUCUGCAAGCACUCCAUCUCUUCCAUCUGCAAGUACUCCAUCUGCAACUACUCCAUCUGCAAGCACUCUCCCAACAAGUAGUCAGCCUGCAAGCACUGAAACAGCAACGAAUCUACCAGCAAUGCGAUUUGUGCCUAAUCCGGGAUUCAAGCCACCCAGAACCAAGAAUUAGUGACUUAGUUUUUUAUAUUUAGGGACAGUAUGGUGUCUUUAUUUCUCUGUUUUGCUGAAGUAAUGUA